AUGGCGGACGAAUGUCCUGGAUGGGGAGUGUUUGUGUUGUCAAAACUGUGGGCCCAAGUUGGACCGAACCAACUCUCCACAUUAUUAUUAUGUUUUCCAUCAAUCUGCUGCUCAAAGGUUUCUUAUUUUAUACUUUCUGCCUACGUGGACACUGGGCUGUUGAAAUACUUGUGGUUCAUGUUCAUCCUGUCUUUAUAUGUGUUAAUAGUUUUUUCCAAUCUGCUGCUCAUUGUCGUUAUCUGCAUGAACAGAAGCUUACAUGAACCCAUGUACCUUUUCCUCUGCAGCCUGUUUGUAAAUGAGCUGUUUGGUAGUACAGGCUUGUUUCCAUUCCUUCUGGUUCAGAUCCUGUCGGAUAUUCACACUGUUUCUUUUUCAUCUUGUUACCUGCAGAUUUUCUGUUUGUACACUUAUGCAAAUGUACAGUUUUAUAACUUAGCCGUCAUGUCUUAUGACAGAUAUCUUGCCAUCUGUUAUCCUUUACAAUACAACACUUACAUGGCAUUUAACAAGGUUAUUGUGCUUCUUGUUCUAACGUGGUUAUUCCCUCUUUUAAAUAUUGUAAUCAUGAUAUCUUUGAGUGCGUCUUUACGGUUGUGUGGGAACAUUAUUGACAGAUUGUUCUGUGACAACUAUUCUGUUGUGAAAUUGGCCUGCUCUGACACGACAAUCAUCUACAUAUAUGGACUCAUGUACACUUUCAUUGUAUUAUUUAGUCUUGCAAUUCCGAUUUUUUACACCUACAUGAGGAUCCUCAGAGUUUGUUUAUCUGGGUCCAAACAGACCAGACAGAAAGCUGUUAGCACCUGUACACCUCACCUGGCUUCUCUGCUCAACUUCUCCUAUGGGUGUUUCUUUGAAAUAGCACAGGGCAGAUUUGAUAUCACAUCACAUACCGCCAGCGCCGCCCCCCCUACCCCCCUGGUCUGGCACACGGUCGGUCAAAGUGGGCUGCGUCUGGCCCACACCUGA